AUGGGCAACCUGGCCGAGUUAGGAGAGAGGCAAAAAGACAUGCAGGGAAUGCGCCCGUGGUUCCUCGAGCAGGCACGCCGUCACAACUCGGCCAUCACCCAGAUCUUCCUCGGGCCGUUUGCGAAGCCAGCGAUUCUGCUCUCAGAUUUUCGAGAGGUGAAUGACAUCCUGAGCCAUCGCGAUGCGGUUGAUUUCAAACGAGGGAAAAAGGUGGACGUGUUCAGUGGUAUCCUUCCUCAUGCGCACCCGGCCAUGGAAACCCUCGAUCCACGUUUCAGAGAGAGUCGCGAUCUCGUCCGAGACUUGAUGGCGCCGUCGUUUCUUCAUACCAAGGGCUUCUACAUGCCCUGGCCUCGUGUCUACCACGCCAUCAACAACCUGCGGCCCUCGGUCCGACAUGCAGGCCAGACUCUGAGAGGAUACAUUGAAUCUCAAAUUACCAGAGCCAUUCCACGAUUGAACCGGGGCGGUGGGCCGGAAUGUGCUCUUGACUAUGUCAUUGGACGCGAGCUCAAAGCCGCACAAAAAGCCGGCCGCGAGCCAAUGUUGGAUGAUCCGCGGGUCCGGGAUGAGAUCUAUGGGUAUCUGAUUGCCGGCCAUGAUACGUCGACCGGGUCCUUUAUCUGGCUGAUGCGCAGGCUUCUGUCUCAUCCGGAGGAGCAGACCAAGAUUUUCGUGACGAUCAUGGUUCAAACGAGAAUGGAUACCGUUGUGUUGGGUCACGCUGUCCCCCGUGAUACCCAGGUGUUUUUGAACCUGACCGGCCCAUCGCUCAAUAUGCCGUCCGUGUCAGUCGAAGAGACCAGUCGCAGCAAGACGUCACAGACGUAUGAGCCGACUCGCCACAGUUGGGAUGACCUCGAUCCCGAGGUUUUCCGUCCUGAACGCUGGCUCCGAAAGGAUGCGGAGGGGAAAUGGGUCUUUGAUGCGGCCAGUGGUCCAACCCUCGCAUUCAGUGCAGGCAACCGAGGAUGUUGGGGAAAGCGUCUGGGACAAUUGGAAUUACGAAUUGUCUUCACGAUUCCGAUCUGGUCGGCAAAGUUUAAUGUCCACGAGAAACAUGUUUCAUGGGAAACGUACGAUACAUUGGUUACGGCGCCGAAGCAAUGCCUGAUGUCUUUGACAGAGGUCCAGUAG